CACCCGAAAACCAGAAAGAAACUGCCGGAGUGAGAAGAGCAGAAGAAGCCGGGGAAGGGGAAAGGGAGGCGGCGCGGCGCCGGCGGGCGGAGAUGCCGCUGGGCAAGUACUACUGCGACUACUGCGACAAGCAGUUCCAGGACACCGCCGCCGCCCGCAAGCGCCACCUCGAGGGCUCCCAGCACCAGCGCGCCCGCGCUCUCUGGUACGACGCCGUCCGCCGCCAAGAGCUGCACGGCGGCGGCGCCCCCCUCGUCCAGACCGACGGCGGCAUCGGCGUCUGCCAGCACUUCGUCCGUACGGGGACGUGCAAGUUUGGAGAUUCAUGUAGGUAUUUCCAUCCGAAGCCAGGUCCUGCCCAUCCAGGAUCACCUCCUUCUGGGCCUGGCUCUAGACCAAUGGUGCAGCAGUCUAAUUUUCUAGGGAGUCAACCCAAUUUUGUUGGAUAUCAGGCAGCAGAUGGAAGUUCUCUCUCAGGGAACAUUCUUGGGGGCCACACUUCAUGGGGGAACUUGCCUCCAUCACUACGGCCUCCUCCUGAAGGAGGUUAUCCUCCCUUUCCUUUUGUGGACUGGGGUUGAAUUGCUUGUUAAUGCGAAGGUGCCAUAUAUUGAAAGUUCAUGCUUGGUACUUCUUGUCUCAAAUGUGCAAAAGGAAUAUUGCUACUUUGUAGAAAAAGGGUUUAUAUUGGCUAUGAAAUAGUUCUCAUAUGCAGCCAUACUUGUACCUCUUAGUGAACUGUGUACCUGCAUUCACUUAAAAUGUUCCUUUUAGGAAUUGAGCUCUCUUUGUACUUAAAAUUGUGUUUUCUGGCCUCCUUUCGCCAUUCCCAGAUCUGUAAUUGAAUGGGCUGGAAACCUGGAUCUGGAUGGGCAUCCUGGCCCAUCAAUGCUAUGCAUCCAUCAGAUAUGUUGCACCUAGUUAAUGAAGUUUCAGUUUUGAUCUCCAUUUACCAACCAAGUUCUUGAGAUUUGUGAUUUUUUGGUUUUCUAGAAGAUGUGUUUUAUAAUCUGGAACCUUCUUCAAUUAACAGGGCCAAUUGUGCAUCAGCAACCAGGAGGAUCAGCAGUCAAGUAGACAACAUGAGAUCACUCAAUCAGCCAUGAAAACAUUUGCCUACAAUAAGGGGAGCCUUGUGCCUUCUCUUGGUUUCAGCAUACUGAACUUACAUUUUGCACUAACAAUACAGAAUUUAGCCAUAAGUUUCUCCACAGAAAAUUACAUUCAUGGAGCAGGACCAGCAAAUCUCCAUUCGACUGACAGGCACAUGGCUACAUAUAUGGGGCUGUUUGGGUGCUGCCCUCGCCUGGAGACCGUUGCUCAGGCAGAUCGAUCCGGCCGCAGGCGACCGCAAUCGAACGCCUAAGAAUGACGCCCAAACCAGGCGCGAAUUUGAGAGCAGCAAGCAAACACGCCCUAACCUGAAGAUGCUCGAUCAGAUCGUUUGCAUCCAGGCUGCCUGCCGAUCAACACCAGGCCACCGUAAGCAUGAGACCAGCCACUGUUCUUCCUCCACAUCGUGAUUGGAGAAGCCACAGCGCUGGUGCAUCGCUGGAAGCUCUGGACAAAACCGCUCUGGCUGUCUCUCCAACUCCUCCGACACCUGCCUCUCGCCAUGGAUGAGCUUCUCCUCGACGUCGACGCCACUGACGAUGGCUUGCAGAAGCAGCAGGAGAGAAGCCAUCGGCUGCUGGUUGGCUCGUCAGUUUGCAAUGACUGUGAACAAGUGUGCUCAAGCUGCACCUACUUAUAGUGACCCGAGUUUUUUUUGUUUACAGGUUUCAGGUAAAUCUGCAUUUCUUGCAAGGCAUUUGCACUGUUCUUGCAAGGAAACUUUUUUGCUGGUGGGUCACAGAAAGGUUGUGCUUAGGGUUUGGUUCUGGUGCUCUGCUAGUGUGGGCUCUAGGUGAACAGAAUUAUUAGGGAUGUAGUUGGCAGCAAUGCUGCAAAUUGAAAUAUCUGCUAGAAUGCCAGUCCUUCUGUUUGUUCAUCCAACAUUCCAAUUGUGCUUUUAGGUGAGAAGGGCAGCCCGAGAUUUUUUAUCUUGGUUUAGCACAUAAUUUUGCAAUACAUUGUUUGGUACAAUGUUACCUAACAAAAUUAUAUUGUCGAUUCGUUAUUCGUGCACUGCAUUAGCCAGUGAAGUGUACGCCAUGACAAAGCUCUCUGUGAUGAUACCAAUUGCCGA